GUUACAUUCUUCUGUGCUGUUUGUUCUCUAAAUGAAUUGACUUUUUUAUCAAUUCAAAGUCAAUCUUUGGUAACAUGUUUCAUAUAUAACCAUUUUAUUGUAGCAGAUCAUAGAGAGAGACAUAUCAAUGGUUGAAUUCAUGUCUUCAGAAGAGUUUGAAUCAUCAAGUUCUUCAAGGGGUAGAAAGCGUCGCUAUAGACAUUCACCUUACCAGACUCAAAUGCUUGAAACAUUUUUUGAGCAAUGCCAACACCCGAAUGAAAGACAGAGGUGUCAGCUGGGAAAGGAAGUGGGACUUACACCUCUUCAGAUCAAGUUUUGGUUUCAAAACAAGAGGACUCUUGUCAAGACACAGAAUGAGAAAACAGAAGGGCAUGCACUGCGGGCAGAGAAUGAAAGGCUGAAAAUAGAGAACAUAGCGGCGAGAGAGAUGCUAAAGGAUGAGUAUUGCAAAGCAUGUAAGGGUAUUUCUUGCACCAAAGAAGAUCACCUACACCAACUUCGCUUGGAAAAUUGCCAACUCAAUGACAAGUAUGAAUACCUAUGCAACCUUCUUGCCACCAUGGGCAUCUCAGUUUCAAAAAAUCCGUCACUCCAACGGCUGCCUUCUAUCGGAUCUUCAUCGGAUGGCUCAGAAAAUUUCUUGGGAAAAAGGAUGAGAGGCCUUUCACUUGGAUCUUCAUCCAAUGGCUCAGAAAAUUCCGUUGAUCACACAUUGAAAAGCCAGUUAAAGCAGGUGCAAGACUCGGACACAUUGCGAAUGGUUCAGACUGUUUCAAAUGCCAUUGAUGAACUGACGAGCCUUUUCAUCAUGGAUCGUCUGUGGAUAAAAGAUCCCAUUGAUGGGAGACACAUAAUUCAGAGAGAAAAUUAUGAAAAGAUUUUCUCGAGAACAAGUCACCUCAAAAGUUCACGUACUCGAUUCGAGUCAUCAAGAGAGGAGGCCAUUGUGAGAAUGAAUGGAGCUCAAUUGGUUGAAAUGUUGCUGGAUUCGAGUAAAAGGGUCGAUCUUUUUCCAACGAUCAUCACAAAGGCAACGAUUCUUCAAGAACUUGGAAAUCGAAUACCAAGAAACCUUAGCGGUUCAUUGCAACUGGUAUAUGAACAAGUGCAUAUACUUUCACCACUGGUAGGGCCAAGAGAUUUCUACUUCCUUCGAUACUGUGCAGAAAUGGGAAAAAAUGAAUGGAUGAUAGUGGAAGUAUCAUAUGAUAUAUUUGAUAAGAUUGAGAGCUCAACACAACAACAAGAUCAACACCACCACCAACCACAUAGUAGCUCAGCCACUCCGUCGGCUCCACCUCCGUCGCACUCAUGGAGACUUCCUUCUGGAUGUUUGAUCAGAGACUUGAACAAUGGCUGCUCCACGAUAACAUGGGUGGAACAUGUGGAAGUGGAUGAUAAGGUGGUAACUCAUAGGCUGUAUACAGAUUUCAUAUGUCGGGGAUUGGCAUAUGGUGCUGAUCGAUGGCUUCUUACUCUUCAGAGGAUGUGCCAACGUUUUGCUUUUCAAUUCUUGCCUACUCCACUUCCUGAUCCAGGUAAUAUCAAGCUAAAUGCUGAUGGAUGUGCCAAGGAAAGUUUGGAAAAAGCUAGUUUUGGGAGGAAUCUUUAG